UCUCUUAUAAACAUGGGCAUUAACCUGGAUCUUCUCGCCUUUAUUUUGAUGAUAGAAUAUGUUUCAGUGGACGGAUUAAAAUGUCUGAAAUGUAACACUGUUCAGCAUGGAUCUCUCUGUGGCCCUGACGCCACCUUUCUGAGAGUCAACUCUUCCAUGAUAGAAGAAUGUCACGUGACAUGUAGAGUCAGCAAAAUCAAAGCACCCAAUGGAAAGGAAGUUUUUCUGCGAGGCUGUUCAAAUACGAGGAAAACCGGAUGCGUAUCACGAAACUUCACGUCAUCUGGAGAUAAGAGACUUCCUGGUCAUCUUUGUCAGUGUAACCGUGACCUUUGCAAUGCAGACUUUAAUUUUGGAAGCAAGAAUCAUCCGUUAGUAAAGGAGCCUUUGCGAGUUCCUCUCUCAGACCAGACUUCAAUCGAAACAACAAGUCUUGGAACAACAGUGUCGACACCAUUUUCUUCAAUGAUUUUAUUUUUUAUCGCAAAUUUGAUGGAGUAACAUAACAUAUAUAACUAUUUUUGCCAUAUUAUUUAUGCUGUGUCAAAUAUCAGUAGUAUUAAUUUGGUGUCAACAUGAAAUUACCUAUUUCGAAUUAAA